UGCACCCAUGCAGUGUCAGUCACAGUCAUCACCUGUCCACCAAUCAUCUUCUCCCAGCAUGGCAUGAACUCUGCUCCCUUCUACACGUGUCAAAUUUUCAAUGGAAUGCUCCGAGAAUGGCUGCACUCGACCGCACCCGAUCUCUGACUCCGGUCCCUUCUCGCUCGCCACCUGGUCCGCUCGCGCCACAUAGCGGUCUCCGGCCCCAGACACUCUCUUCCUCUGCCCAAUACCAUAAGAAGUAUCAGAAGCGCUGAAGCUGAAGCAGAGGUUUCUUCUUCACAGUGUCUUCAAUGUCGUAAAUCUUCUAAGGUAUGCCUGUGUCUUGACUUCUGAUCAUCAUUCUGCGGGCAAUGGUUAUAUGAGAUCAAGUUAAUUGGGGCAUUUAUAUCGUUGCUUAAGAAUUGGCGUAUUUCCAAAGGAUUUUGUAUUUGAACAUCAUAUUGAUAAUUGGAUAGUUGAACUGAUCUAUGAGGGGAUUUUUAUACGAAGCGUGGCCCUUUGGCAACUUAUGAAAUAUAGUCAUAGAGACAUUUGAAAGUAAGAAAAUUUAGCAGAAAUCUUUAGUAUGAAUCAAAAAAAUCAAGGCAAUAGCCAUGUUGCUCUGGGAAAUGUUCCUGUGAAGCGUAAACGUGGUCGCCCACGUAAGAAUCAGGUUCUAAACCAUGGGGAGAAUGCCCUUGUGCCAUCAAGGGAUCCAAGUUUGAACCUUGGGCAGAAUGCUCCUGUCCCACCUGGAUUUGAAUUGGUGAAUGGAAACCAGCCCCAACAGGCAGAUCCAGUUGAUGAUAUAAAUGGUAUCACGGUGGGCCAGGUGGUUUCGGGUGUCAUUGAUUCAAUAUUUGAUGCUGGUUAUUUGCUCACAGUCAGGGUUGGUGAUGAUUCUGACACUGCUUUGAGGGGUGUUGUUUUCAAGCCAGGACAUUUUGUCCCAAUUUCAGCACAAAAUGAUGUAGUACCGCAUAUCCAAAUGAUUAGAAGAAAUGAAAUUCCCCUUUCAACGGUAAUCAACAGUCAGGUGCAAUGCCAUAAUCCUCGAUCCACAGGGAGGGCUGAGCAACAUGUCAACCUAAUGAGAAAGGAAACUACUAAUUUAUCAAAUGAAAUAUCAUCAACCAACCAUGUGCCUAGAGUUGUAGAGCGAGCUGCCAAUGUCUCUGCUUCAAAAGGCAAACAGGUGUCAUCUGUGGUGGCACAGCCUGCUCGGCCUGUGGCAUCAAGAGGCACGGUGGUUCCUGUUGUACUCCAACCCGUUUGUUUAUCAAACGGGAUUCCACCUGCCAACCAAAUGCCUCCGGUCACAACAACUCAAGCUGCUGCUCAUAUGGUAGCCUCCAAAGGCAAACAGGUGCCAGUAGCUACACUUCAAUCUGUCCAUCAGUCAAAUGGAUCAGUCCCAGCCAACCAAAUGCUCACAGAUUCUUCUCAACCCCAAUCGAUCCACCAGUUGAUGGAAAAAGGCUUACCGAAUGGUGACAAUUUUCAUGGUCAAGCCACACAGGAGGCCCUGCAUGAGAUAGAAGCCAGAUCAAUGAGACUGCCUGGUGUCCCUUCAGAAACUCUGCUUCGUGAAGUUGUCAAGAGAAUUCAUCCUUCCCCACUAUCAUCAAAAGUUGAUGGAAGUAAGUCAGCUGGGAAAACAUCAAUCGAAAAUUGUGGUCUUAAUUCGGUUGUGCCUAAUAUGGACCAGCCUCUCAUAAUCAAGCCCCUGCAAACUGUACAGCCUGAUGGCCGUAACAAAUCUGCAUCUAUUCCCAAACCUUCUGAAAAUAAUGGAACUGGCAAAAUUAUAGAAUUUUUUCAGGAAAAUGUGAAGAAUAAGGUUCAUGUAGCUCAGCAGCCAACCACUGGUCCCAUGAGCAUUUUUCAUAAAUCGGGUGCUGAAACAAGGCUUAGAGAUGAACGGACUGCUCAUUUGGAGAAACGUUUUCGUGCAUCAAGCGUCUGACUAAUGGAUCCCGCUUGGAAAGGGUAUUCUGCACUCCUAGUUUCUAUAGAACUCCACCCAUAGUGCUUGGAGCAGUGUGGUGGAAUAAGGCAAAAUUCUAUAAGAAGUUUUCCAAUUAAAAACAAGGCAGGCUGCAAAGGAAGAUCAAUAUUUUAGCUAGAACUGCAAAACUGAGCUGCUUUCUUGAUAACUAAUGAACUUUUAUCUGUUUUGGUUGUUAUGGUUUGGUGACAGUUAAAGACUGCCUUCUUGUUAAGUAUGUAUGUUUUUGUUGCUGUUAUAUUAUUUAGUAAAUGGCAA